AUGGCCGACGAGGCGAAAGCCAAGGGCAACGCCGCAUUUUCAGCUGGGCGCUUUGAAGAGGCGGCCUCCCACUUCUCUGAGGCCAUCGACCUUGCGCCCACCAAUCACGUCCUCUACUCCAACCGCUCCGCCGCCUACGCUUCCCUCCACCGCUAUGCCGAAGCGCUUACCGACGCGCAGAAGACGGUGGAGCUGAAGCCCGAUUGGGCCAAGGGUUACAGCCGCCUUGGUGCUGCCUACGUCGGACUCGGCAGCUUCGAGGAUGCUAUCUCUGCUUACAGGAAGGGCCUCGAGCUGGAGCCCGGGAACGAGGCUCUCAAGUCCGGCCUUGCGGAUGUACAGUCCAUGGCCGCACGAGCCCAUCGCGCUCCUCCGUCCUCCCCAUUUGGGAACAUCUUCCAGGGCCCGGAGAUGUGGGCGAAGCUGACGGCGGAUCCGUCGACAAGAAGCUACCUACAGCAGCCGGACUUUGUUAAAAUGAUCCAAGAUAUUCAGCGAAAUCCGAAUAACAUCAGCAUGUACCUCUCGGAUCAGAGAAUGAUGCAGACGCUAGGGGUUUUAUUGAACGUGAAGAUGAAGACAUCUGAGGAUAUGGAGAAGGAGUCGACAGAGUCGGAGCCCCGGACGAGGGCACCAGAGCAGGAGUCAUUUAAAUCGGCACGGGAGCCGGAGCCUGAGCCUGAGCCUAUGGAAGUACUGGAUGGGGAAAAUGAGACGAAAAAAAGAAAGGCAGAGGCCCAAAAGGAAAAGGAGGCGGGAAAUGCUGCAUACAAAAGGAAAGAAUUCGAAACAGCCAUCCAGCAUUAUGGUAAAGCUCUAGAGCUAGAUGACGAGGACAUCUCAUUUCUCACAAACAGAGCUGCUGUUUACAUGGAGAUGGGAAAGGUAAGUUUAGUACGUUUCCUUUUUAUUAAUUUCUUUGCAUGUGAUUCUCCGUCUUCCCUUAAAAUUCGAGACCCAAUUUCUUCGCUGUAGUGACUAUGUAUCAUUUGAUUAAUCCGUUCGUUUGAACAUGCUUUGGUUCACUAGUUGGUUGAAUUUUAUCUUCUGGGGUUUGGCCUUAAUCUGUUUUUACGCGUUUCGUAUAAUCCUUGGGCCUUUGUUCCCAGUUAUUAUUAUAAAUAAAUCCUGAUUCUUUGCAUCUUGUAUUGUUGCAUUACGCCCAUCGGUUUAGUGGCUUUCACCAUCAAUACCUGCGCCAGGUAGUUGUAUAGAGAUCCCAUGCAGACCGAUUACAGAUGCCACGAAUACUCCGUCGCUGGUCAUUGUGUCGCUGUGUAUCCUCUUCUGACAAUCUUACAUUUUUGAAAUUAUUUGUUUCUUUCUCUGAUGUCACCGCUAACCCUUCACGCGACAUUCUCUGUCUCAUCAUUUAUGUUUUACCCUAUCAUGUUUCAGUCAGAAAGGAUAUGGUUUAAAUCUUUGAUUAGAUCAAGCUCUGAUAAUCUUAGCUACGUUCUAAGUUGGGAUCUUUAAGCUUCUAUUCAUGAAAGAGUACUUGAUGAUUUUUAAUAAUGAAAUUCUGGUUCUGUAGUACGAGGACUGCAUAAAGGACUGCGAUAAAGCUGUUGAAAGGGGUAGAGAGCUGCGUUCUGACUUCAAGAUGAUUGCAAGGGCACUUACGAGGAAAGGCACUGCAUUGGUUAAACUUGCAAAAUGUUCAAAGGAUUAUGAUCCUGCUAUUGAAACUUUCCAGAAAGCAUUAACUGAGCACCGCAAUCCCGAUACUUUAAAAAAAUUGAACGAUGCUGGGAGAGCAAAGAAAGACCUAGAGCAACAAGAACAGUUUGAUCCAAAGAUAGCUGAUGAGGAACGUGAGAAAGGUAUGUGAUACAUGGUCUCCUUCUUUGCUUCUGUGAGCUUUAUGAAAUAACUUUUCUAUGUCUCAUUCUUUCAAUCAUUUUUUGAUUUGUGUACCCUGUUCCCCUAGUUUCCAGCACACUCUUCCAUUGAUUGGUGUUUUCCAAUUUUUGCUUGGAUUUAAUUGUGUGCUUCGUCUACUUCUCUUACUACGUACUAUGUGAUCCCAUUCUUGAUUUCGCACCUAAUUUAUGCAUACCACUCCCCCUUCUUCAUCAUCUCUGUGAUGUUGUAUUCUUGGUCGUGUAAAUUUGCUGCAUCACUAAGAAAUCAUUCAUCCAUUGUAAAGCUUCCUUAAACCUUGGGAUUUAGAAUUGUCAGUAAUGGCUUCACCUUCAUCAUAAAUACAUCCUGUGCCGUAUUAUAUUUGAUAAGAAUAUUUUUUCCUGCUAUGCAUCAUUUGAUUUUUCAUAUUUAACCGUUUAUUUGAAAGUCCUGUCAUUAGUUGAUUUGGUCCGUGUGACUGGAGAGCUUAUUCUGACACGUGGGCCGUCCAUCUCCUUUUUCAACUGUAAUCUUCCUUGCCUUUUGUCAUGUGUUCUGUGAUAACGGGUUCUGAAUUGGAGUAUGCUUGUCCAGGUAAUGAGUAUUUCAAGCAGCAACAAUACCCGGAAGCUGUGAGGCAUUACACGGAGGCUCUAAGGAGAAAUCCUCGUGAUCCGAGGGUGAGAUUUUUAAGUUAAUAUACACGUCAGUGAUUCAUUUGGCUAGUAACAUUUUCUGAACUCGGAAAUCACCGAUCCUUGUGAUUAAUUUCGCCCUAUUAAAAUGGUAGAAUCGUCUCACUUGCUUUCACGAUCAAAACAUCAGCGUACUUUUGGAGGAAAUCGUUUAUUGCUGGUAUUCUUUUGAGAAGGGUGCCGAGCUUCUGAGCUGAUUCCUUUCUUUCACCCUCCUCUACGUUAGGAGUGAAGGAGCCUGCAUCGAUUGCUUUCCCCCAACUGAGUUCAGGAUUUUGCUCACAAGUUUUUCUCCUGGCGUGUUCUUACUAUGCUGCGCAGGUGUACAGUAACCGGGCUGCCUGCUACACAAAGCUGGGUGCCUUGCCCGAAGGGCUGAAGGAUGCGGAGAAGUGCAUUGAGCUCGACCCGUCCUUUUCAAAAGGAUACACUAGAAAAGGUGCGAUCCAGUUCUUCAUGAAGGAAUAUGACAAAGCCCUGGAGACGUAUCAGGAAGGCUUGAAGCUCGACCCGAACAACCCCGAGCUGAUGGACGGAAUCAAGAGGUAUUCUCUAGAAAUCGAAAUCCCUUCAAGAAUGAUCUAUCUGUCUUCUCUCUAGAUACUGAUGGCUCCCCCACGCGCGGACGCCAGGUGUGUUGAACAGAUCAACAAGGCUCAACGCGGGGAGAUCAGUGCAGAUGAGUUGAAGGAGAGACAGGUAUGAGAUUUCUUCCCGAAACCAUCAUACUCGUUGACUCAGGGCGUGUGAUUUAUUUACCCGUGAGCUGAACUCGGGAUCCUUCCCUUCACCAGGCGAAGGCAAUGCAAGAUCCAGAAAUACAGCAAAUUCUGUCUGAUCCCAUAAUGCGGCAGGUGAGAAAAGUUGUUCUUCCUCCAUUUUUAUCAAUCUCUGUUCUCUGCCAUCAGUCUUGAACUUCUGCUUUUGGUGCCGAGCAGGUGCUGACAGACUUCCAGGAGAACCCCCGGGCAGCUCAGGAGCAUCUGAAGAAUCAGCAGGUGAUGCACAAGAUCCAGAAGCUUGUCAGCGCGGGAAUCGUCCAGAUGAGGUGA